AUGGUCGCAUUAUUCCUCCGGUAUAAUGCGGACAUCACGCCCAAGAGGCGUGGCGUGUAUAAUACACUGCACACAGCCGUAUGCAAUGGGCACGUAGGUGUCAUCGAAGCAAUAUUGGCCCAUCGUAGUGAGCUCAUCAACGCGAAACAGCCCCUAAAGCCGCUGUACGCCGCAUCCAUCUGGGGCUGCUGGAAGGCCGUGGAAAGUCUGAUGAAAUUCCCCGGAGCCGACCCUAACGAGAAACACAUCCGAGGGUGGACGCCACUCACUGCUUCUUGCGAUAACGGAUUUUCCAGAACGGUUAGGGUCCUUCUCGAUCGUGACGUCGACCCCAAUAUUCCAGGCCCUGGAGAUAAGUGGACGGCUGUUUAUUACGCCGCGGCGAUUCGCGGUGACGCGGAUAUUGUACGCAUGCUGCUUGCACGGGGUGCUGCAAUCGACCACAAGGUGCUAGAGGAGCCGCUACUAUGCGGUAUUAUCAACAAUGUCAAUUUAUCCGAGGAGGACAAGAUCUCGCUCUUCGAAAUUCUCAUUCAGCAUGAUCCAUCGAUGAAUGUUGACAAGGGCAUGUCCGAUGGUCUUGCACCGUUGAUGCUUGCUGCGAUGGACGGGAAUGCGAAUAUGAUAACAUGGCUCUUGAGACAUGGUGCAGAUAUAAAUCUCACAACCCCUUCCGGCCGACAUGCUCUCUUCUUCGCCCUGGCAAACCGACGAAUCGCGGCAACGAAGGAACUUCUCGAACACGACACUUCUCCAAUACUUGAUAUGGAAGACGAGCAUGCUGGAUUUCCUCUAGAGGUUGCUCUCGCCGACGAAGACACGCGGGACGACGGUGAACUGGUGGAAAUGUUACUAGAAGCCGGUGCGAAUUUGGAGUUUGAGAACAAGAACAAAGUGACGGUGUUUACAAUUGCUGUCUACCGUGGUCAAAAAGAAGUUGUCAAGCUCCUUCUGAAGCGAGGUGUCGACAUCAACCACCGAGAUGUAUGGGACUACACCCCUCUGCUCGUGUCCAUUCAGAGCAAAGCACCUGCAAGCACAGAGGUUAUGCGACUUUUGGUUGACAGCGGUGCCAACCUGAACGACAGACUGCCGGGUGACUCUACUGUACUUCACGUCGCGAUGUGGGAGGCCGACCUGGACAAGGUUCGAAUUCUGCUGGAAUUUCACACCUCAAUCGAUGUACACUCGCAAGAUUCUGAUGGGGACACGCCUCUGUUGGUUUCGACGAACUGGGACCGCCCGCAAAUCGUUGAGUGCCUGAAACUCCUCGUCCGGGCAGGCGCCGAUGUCAAUGCGCAGAAUUUGAAGGGCUGGUGUCUUCUGAUGAAGUCCUCGUGGCGGAGAGAAGCAGCCAGUGCCGUCCACGAUUUUCUACUCUCGCUCCCCGAAACAAAUGUGGACAUCUUCACUCCAGCUAGCGGUUACCCCCUCCAGGUGGCAUGUCGCAUCGGAUAUGAGCCACUACUACGCAAGUUGCUGGGCCGGGGCGCCAAUGUCAAUCUGGCUGUGCCGGGGUUUGCACCAACCGCUCUCAUCAGUGCUUGCCUUGCCGACUCGGCUAAAUCAGACGAGACGGUAGAGUUGAUUGUCCGCAAAUUGGUCGCUGAAGGAGCUGAGCCAAAUUUCAUGUCAAAAAACACAGUCGGUCUCUUCAACGCAUUGUGCGCAGCUUCAUUUCAGGCCAGAGUUGGAACGAUCAAUUUCCUGCUUGACUCUGGAGCUUCGGUGCAGCAGCCGGAUCGAAUGGGUCGCCUGCCGAUUCAUUUUGCUGCGGCAAACGGACUGCGCAACUUUGAAGCCGUUGCCCUAGCGUACACAGGAGAUAUCAUGGCCGUUGACAAGGCGGACAAGAACGUGCUCCACUGGGCCGCCCAGUUCGGGAAUUGCGAGACGGUCAAAGCCAUCUUGGAAAGAAUACCUGUAACCGAAAGAAAGGCCGUCGUUGAUUGCAAAGACUCAGAGGGCUGGACGCCCUUGGCUUGGGCCAUGCGCCCUGUAGACCUCGACCCAGAUUUUGCCCAGGGCUUUCCAGAGCCCCGGAACUAUGCCGGCACCGUACAGUAUCUUAUCCAACAAGGGGCCAACGUGGCCGUCACUUUCCGACAAGGGCGAGGGGAAGCAGCAGAGGUGUUGGCGCCGGUGGAACUGGCCCAGCGAUGUGGAGCCGAUGAUUUGGUUCAACUGCUCGUUGGUCCUCAAAACCGAGACAACGACAAUAUCGACACGGACGCAGCGGGAGAGAAACAUGCUUCCCGAUCCGCACGGUACAUCAGCAGGCAGACCAUGUGCUAUAUGUGCUUCUCGGUCCGCUUCUGCAAGAAAUGCCACAGCAAUGUCGAGCUAUACCACAUGGUCGAUGAUGGGAAGCUCCAUACUUUCGGCAUCAACAGUGAUGGAGCAGAAGAGUACAUGGCGCCCAAUUCGCCAUCAUCACCAGCCUCAUCAAAGGCAAUGAACACCAUGACUGGGACUGCGGUCAAUGCGGAUGGCGAUAGUUCGGAUUUGGCAACGGGACAAUCGAAUCAUGACAGUCCCCAAGACGAUGUCACAGAGGUGGUCGACUUUUCGGACUUGAAAGACCUCGGAAGUUUCACCGACUCAGAGUAA